UUGUGUUAUCAUUAUGUCCUAUUUUAAGGGUGUCGCUGUGUUGCUGUGUAUUUUGUCACUGUGCCACACCAGGCGUUCCCACGCUUGUAACGGUGGCUACAAAUUAAUUCUUCAUAGCAUCGAGAACUGCGGUGGCGAUAGUCAAAUCAUCACGAUCGAUCCGAAAUCUACGAUCACGCUCAUGGACGACUGUACCGUGAAGUCCAAAUCCACCGCCCGGACGACCGGUUUCAAGCAAGCGAUGAUGCAAGUGACGAUCACUAAAAAUGGGUUGCCAGUGCUGAAGGAAUCGGUGAACAUUUGCGCCAGCCUGAAGGACGCGGCCAACAACCAGGAUGUGAAAGAAAUAAUCACCAUGUUCGGUGUUCCGGACCGCUGCCCCGUACAGGCAACGGAGGUCAAAACGGACGAAAGCCAGACGUACAACCUGGAAAAGUAUAAAAAUCAUCUCCUGGUCGCCCAGGGUCGGUCCAUAGUGGAUGUGCUUAUCACGCACGAUAAGGGGGAAAGCUGCUUCAAAUUUGACCUCGAAGUAACGGCCCCCCCAAACAUCGUGGGUUAG